GGCGAUCCCCCACACGCGCGCGCGCGCACUCAGAUUGGAGUUCAGUUUGCACGAACACUGCGUAUCGGCCACUUCGUCUAGGCAUUUCUCCGUUAACCGGCUUUAAAAGCAUCCUUUAGAAACAGACACCAUGGGUGUGGAAGGCUGCACGAAAUGCAUCAAAUAUAUGCUGUUCUUCUUGAAUUUCAUUUUCUGGCUGGCUGGUUGUGUAAUCUUGGGGGUUUCACUGUGGCUUCGCCAUGACACUAAGACAAGCAGUCUUCUGGACCAGAAGUUUGAGGACACAGUAGCACCUAGCACCUUCUACAUAAGUGUGUACAUCCUGAUUGCUGUUGGUGCUGUGAUGAUGUUUGUUGGAUUCCUUGGUUGCUAUGGAGCCAUACAGGAAUCCCAGUGUCUUCUUGGAACAUUCUUUGCCUGCCUGGUCAUUCUGUUUGCAUGUGAGGUUGCUGCUGGGAUCUGGGGAUUCAUGCACAAAGACAAGAUCUCCAAAGAGCUGAUCACCUUCUAUGACUCUGUGUAUGACAGUGGUGUGUCACAUGCCAACCCUGAAAAAAAGAAGGCUGCAGCUGCUGUUUUGAAGGUCUUUCAUGAGACUCUUAACUGCUGUGGCAAAGGGGUUUCCACGCUACUCGAGAGCUGGGUCUCAGACGUCUGUCCUGAGAAACUGAAAUUUACUAAUCCAAGCUGUCACUCUAAGAUCAAAGAGCUUUUCUCUGAGAAGAUCUACCUGAUUGGAAUCGCUGCGCUGGUUGUUGCUGUUAUCAUGAUCUUUGAGAUGAUCUUCAGCAUGGUGCUCUGUUGCGGCAUCCGGAACAGCCCUGUUUACUGAAGCAUGUAGGGGCCAGAUAUGACCUUUAAAAACAUCUGCCAAAAAAAAAAAUUUUUUUUUGCUUUAUAUCUACCAUCUACUAUUUUGUUUUGUAUCUACCAUCAUUUCCGAAUGUAGUCACUGUCCAGUAACUUAGAACAAAUAGAACAAAUUUGUGUUUUGUUUAGUGCAUUUUUGUUAAAGCGACGCAGUGGAUCCAACCAUAACUAGUCUGCUAUUGUUUACGCUGUAGUUGGUAAUGACUAGUUGCAAUCUCUGGCUAUAGCUGUAAACUUUUCAGAUAGUUAUAAACACAUACACUUACACUCAGAACAGUAUCACAUGAAGGAAGUAUACAUUUAUUAGCUUGUAGCUUGUAGUUUUCUUGUGUUAACUGUUAAGUACUGCUAUUGCUAUAUGUUACUAUUAUUAUUUUCGAUUGUACAUGUAUAAACUGUAUAUAUUUGCCGCCCUAUAUGGCUCUUGAGCAUGAAUCUUGUAUGCAACACUCCUGUCCAUCUUCUGCUCUUAGACUGCUGUUUGUCUGUACAUGUUUCUUCCUCAGAAACCACUAAAUAAACAAUGUUAGCUAGAUGAGAGAAAAGGUCAGAAAACAAUACUUAAUAAUAUGAUUAGUGAUUGAUGAGCAGUAGUUUGCUUCUUACACAGUGUGACAUUCGAGCUCUUCCAACAGCCGGUCUGUGCAAAGCUUAAUGGCAGAAGAUUUUUGAUCUAUGAUCAUUGUGUUUCGCACAAUAACCUUGUGAGAUCACAUGGACGAGGGAGCUGAUCCUAGAUCAGCUUUCUUGUAAUGGAAAGUUUUAACCACUGAACUUGUGAUGCCCAAUACACUUAAAAUGGCAUGAAUUCUGUUUCUUUAUGCUCUCUAAGACUAAUAUAGUGGAUUGUACUUUCCUGCAUCCCUAUCUCAAAGGGAUUUGGACUAUGUAGAUUCACUGCCCUAGUCACUGGAAUUCUUCUGUCCUGCCUCUCUUUACAGUUUACAGUAAUCCAAGCCAUUGAAAGGACUCAUACAUGCCUUCUAGCCUUAUAAAUGGAACACCAUAUCCCUUAAUCACUUAGAAGAUAAAUCCGGAUUGAUUCCUAAUGGAAUUUUCUAUGCUGUCAUAGCUGGUAUGUGUUAUGAUAUCACUCGACUGAAAGAAACAUAAGGAGUUUGCUUGAGUGUGUGUGUGCAUGUGUGUAUGUGUGCUUGUGAUACUUGUUGACAGUGAGUUCAGAAGGACAGUAUUAGUUUGUUUAAGGCUGGUUUACUCUUCACUGCCAAAUUUAUCACAAAAGUAGUUGCUGUAAUACCUUGCCUCAUUCAUUAGGUGGCACUCAAAUACCAUUCACUUUGGCAACUGGUGACAACACCAACCUUAAUAUGCCUGUGUAGGUGUCUGUCAUGUCCUUAGUCCUCUAGGCCACACUUAGACAAACCUCUCCCCAAUACAAACACUGAUGCAUAAAUAGCAUUAGCUUGAGUUUUACUACAUGCAUUAUGCAACCCUGUCUUGUUAACACAUAUUGCCUAUGCUGAUAUGCUUAAAAAAUGUCUUGUAAUAUGUACAGCUUUAUAGUAUACUAAUGACAAUGUAAAGACAAUAUAUGCCUUUAAUUGUGUGUGUGUGUGGGGGUGGGGGGUGGGGGGGGGGGGGGGGGUUGAGCAUGAUCUUCAAACUAUUAAACAUUAUGUAGGUGAUAAGAGUUGUUCAAGAAAUUAAAUCUUGUAGUUAAAACACUGGGUCAGGGUAUUUGGUCGGUAUCAAAUAUGCUGUUACUGUUGUGUUAAAAUAUCUUACACUUGAUUGAGACUUAAAUUGACUCAGAUCUCUGCCCUGACUCACCUGUUAUAGAUUUUAGUUUGGAAUUCUUGCCCAAAUAUUUAGGAAUUAAAUGUAUUUUACAAAUAAUGUGUCUUCAUUUUGUUCAUUCUUUAACACCAAUGUUGCCCGCAAGUUAACACAGGUGUCCUAGCAGUCACCACAGGUAUUGUUUAUUACAUUAACCUCUAACGUUUGAAAACCACAAAGUGUGACGAUAUUGUCUCUUUAUUUUGAAUGAUAUAGCCUAACUACUGUUUUAUCAUUUAAAACCUAUCAGAAUAAUAAAUUAUGUGAAAUGCUGUGCUUAAAAAGUAUGUUUGUGCUAUAUUUCUUCCAAAUAAAUGUCACUAGCUUUGAUAUAUUGUUUUAAAAUUUAAAGACAUUCAAGUGUGGCUUAAGGUUUCUAAUACUUUUUGGUGUUUCUGCAUAGGGGAGUCUGGGAAUAGUUGCCACAUGAGCUACUUGUGUAUAACUAGAACAUUUUGAGGGAAAGUUUUCUCUAGGUUUUGUAUGUUGGUUUUCAAAACAUUCAAAUUUUUUUUGGUGAACUCUAUCCUCCAAACUAAAAUUUCAAUGCCAUGUUUUUGUGAACAGAAUAAACGGGUUGAAAUGUUGUCACUUUUUUUAA